GUACAUUUGCAAGUCAGUCAGUCAGUCCUAUAUGGUUUUACCUAGAUUUCAUUAAUAUUAUAUCUAGGUAUUGUACUCUUCGUUUGUGAUAUAUUUACAAUUUUAUUUCAAUAUGAAAAUAAUCCAUAAAAUAAACACUUGAACAAAUAAAUAAGCAAUGGAUGUAAUAAAGAAAAUGGAUCUUGGAGAUGCAACAUCGGAUAAUUUGUACCCUGCUCUUUUUCAAUGUUUCACAAUAAUAGUUUGUGGGUAUAUAGCUGGCCGUCUUAACAUAGUCUCCUCAACAGAGUCAAAGGGCAUUGCUACUUUUGUAGGCACAUUUGCCCUGCCCUCCCUAAUAUUCCUAUCACUGGCUCGGCUUGAUUUCACUACUGUAAAUUGGACAUUUUUACUUGCUAUCCUGUUGGCUAAAGGUCUUAUAUUUUUUGCUGUAAUUGUUGUUACAUUAUUUGUAUCAAAACCUAUUAAUUUAGGGAGAGCAGGCAUUUUUGCAAUAUUUUGCACACAAAGCAAUGAUUUUGCCCUUGGAUAUCCUAUAAUCAAUGCAAUAUAUAAAAAUACUCAUCCCGAAUAUGCCCUAUAUCUAUACUUAAUGGCUCCAAUAUCAUUGGCAAUAUUAAACCCUGUUGCAUUUGUUCUAAUGGAAAUAAAUAAACAAAAAGAGGCUGCUCAGGCAAUCACUGAUGCAACCAGAAACAAAGAUGUUUGCAAGCUCAAGCUGUUGCAGCAAAUUGUGAAAGGAAUUGCAUAUAAUCCUGUUCUAGUCAUGACUGUCCUGGGAAUUGUAGGUAAUAUUGUGUUUAAACAUCAGCUGUCCAUUUACAUUGAAGGCUUAUUACAGGUAUUUGGACAAUCUUUCUCUGCAUCAGCUCUUUUCUUACUUGGUCUGCGAAUGGUUGGACAGAUACACCGUCUCAGAGGUCCGGCAUUAGUUUUGCCAUGUAUUUUGAUUAUGGUUAAAUUGAUAAUUUUACCUGUGGUCAUGAGGGAGUGUGUUAGUAUUCUCAAUUCGGGGGCCAAUGAAUCGGAGACACUUUCUUUGUCAACCUAUGCAUUUCUGUAUGGAACAAUUCCAACUGCACCGGCUGUGUUUGUGUUUUCCAAUCUUUAUCAAUUGGAAAUGGAUUUGAUGGCGUCCUCAAUGGUGAUCUGCACAUUCAUAUCUGGCCCUCUGAUGUUCCUCUCGGCACAAGUGAUAUCGAUUAACAAGGAUUAUGCGGAACAACUGAAGAGAUUUGGUUUUGACCUGUCCAUUGUGGCUUUGAUUGCAACAUUGUGGGUUCUAAUUGUCUUCACAGUUACAAAGAAAUAUAAACGGAUGCCUCACAAGUUGACUCUUUGUCUUCUUGUGUCCCAGAUUUUGCUGGCAAUAAGUGUGAUUUGGGGUGGUCCUCUUAUCAACUAUACACCCUCAUGGCAAAAUACAAUUCAAGAGUCUCUCAGGACAUUCAGCAUGUAUUCAUGCCUGCUAUGGACUUCCAUGCUCUCUGUUGGUAUUCUCAUGUUAGAGAGUCGUGGACCAUGUUUCGUGGUGACCAUAUGGCCAGUGCUUGGCUUCGUGGCGUGGGGAGCCCCGGGCGUGAUGGUCGCUAUACUCCUGGCCACCAAACACAGCCCAGAUUUGGAUGGGAAAGCCACGGAUGCUAUUCGUCUUUGUCUAUUGGUUUUCUGUCUAACUGUAUCAAUCGGCUGUUUGAUAGUGUACGUGCGGUUCCGCCGGCGUAGUGCACAGUUCGCCUCACUGUCGGCUGAGGUGUCAGGUUCGAGUCCACCCGACGAGUCGACUAGUCUGGUGGACAAUAUCGAGCCUACAUCACACACACAGUCGCUUUCCAAUGAAGACCAAGGAUGUUACGGGACCAUAACGGCCACUCCAUCGCCCAGUAAGAACACGAACGGCUGUUGUUCUGACGACCCCAACUGUGAGAACGGCUUGCCCUCAUCUCACGACAUUGAAGAUCUAGGUGACAAUGCCAAGGAAUGUGGCUGUCCUCCGUCGCAGCAGCAGCGCUGUCGCGCUCCGGACGAGCUGGAGCAGGCCGCACGGCUGGCGCUGCCGUCCGGUCGCGGCGAACAGCUGCUCAAACACACCGUGCUGCUCAUCGUCUGCAGCCUCAGCAUGUUCAUUGGCAUCACAUAUACAACAUGGCGUAUGAUGUUGAAGGACGAGAGCGGGGUGUUCAUAGAGAUUGAGUUUCUGGACAUCGUGGCCAACUAUGGCCAGGGGCUUGUGCUUUUCGUCCUGUUUGGAUUAGACCCGGAAGAAAUUUUGGUUCCCACAGUUAGAUAUAUCAAGAAGAUAUGGCAUGGAGCUGAUACUGUAGUCCUCCCUUCGGUGGAAGACUUGAGUUUUGAAACUAAACAUGUGUGCGACCAAUUCAUAACACACCAUUUGGAACGAUGCAAGGCAGCUAUUGCUAAGGAUACAAGAUGGCGCAUGCGGCGCUACCGCGGCGUGUUCCGCGGCGCGUGCCUGGCGCGCUGGCUGCAGCACUGCGGCCUCGCGCGCGACCCGCGCGACGCCGUGCGCUAUGCCCGCCAUCUGCUGGACGGCCGCCUCAUCGCGCACAUCAACAACCAACACCACUUCACCGACUCCCAGCUGCUCUACACGUUCACAUGAAUUUUUUUCCACACUGACUUUUGUAUCGCUAGCGAAUUUUUGUCUACGUGAUCCCGGUAUGAAAGUGUAUGAAAGUAACCCCGGAAUUGCGUAAUAAAAUCAAUCGUAAUAAAACCCUUACACAAUCAAAUAUCUAAAUUGAGGAAAAUGUAUGGAUCACCUGAUUAUUUUUUCGCGAUUUCGGGGUGAGUCCUAUUACGAAAAGUUGUUCAGUAUCAUGUACUGAGCAUGUAGAAAAAAAAAUCGCUAGUGAUUAAAAUGUCACCCAAUAAAUACAAGAUUUUACCAUACAAAUUACCAGGCUUCUUAGAGCAUGCCGUUACACACUAUCGCCGAAUUUAAGACAGAUGCCAACGCAAUUACGUAGGACGUGUUUCUAUUUAAGCUUUUAAAAUCGCAAAGAAAAUAAUCUAUUUCCCGAUAGUGUAUAAGCGACAUUACACUACACGAUCAUAAUGUAUUCCGAUUCCAUAGCACAUAGUUAUUCUUCUUGUCUUUAGAAAUAAAAACAAAAAAACGGUAACAGAGGGGUAACAAACGGGAAAUUUAACUUCAUCAUAUCUUUCGUGUUGCUGAUACAAAAAAGGAGAAAUAAGUAUUAUACACAAGAAAAAAUUGACCCUUUGUCCCUCACCGUACACCCAGUUUUUCAAUAUCCGAUCUACCCCUUUGUAUAUAAUGUUGCAUGGAAAUCUUCCAUCUCAUUUAGGUACACUAGCUCCUCAUAUUUAGUUUUGUCUGUGAUUUUACACUAAAUGAUUGCUUUACAUUGUAUUCUAGUUCCAUCUAACAAAGUAGUCUACUUCUGUUCUUAGUAAAAACUAGUUUUUAUUGAAAUAUUACUUAGGUAUUUUUACUUUAUGCCAAAAAAUGACAAUGCGUGUAAAUCUAAUAUAGCAAGAAUAGACUGAUAAAAGAAGAAUAGAUGGAUGAUAGAAGAUUAUAAUUUUAAAUCAUAUUGUAAGUAAAAAAUGUUAUAAAACUACAGAUGUGUAAUCUGUAUUAGUAUGUCACAUGUUGGACCUAUUGUUUUUAAUAAGAAUCAGUUUUUUAUGAAUGUAAUGUAAAUAAUUUUAUUAUUGGCUAUUAUCUAAAAUAAUAAUUAAUCCAUGUUUUAGACUUCUACACCAUUUCCGAUAAAUCAAAUAAUCUUUUUUCAUAUGAGUAUUUUCCUAUUUUUAUAUAAUAUAAAGAACAAGGAUAUAUAACAUCAAUGAUUUUAUAUAUUUUUUAAAUAUCAACGACAUUAUAUCAGUGGAUUUAUUAUAAUUUAACAUGGUUGUUAUUUUUAAUAUGUUUUUUGUAUUUUUUUUUAUACAAACGUGGAUCCAUUUCCACUUUUGUAUAAAAAAAUACAAAAAAACAUACAUACUUAGUGACGCACAUAAGUGGGAAGUGUUUCUACAAAUCACAUCUUUUGCCGCUUAAUAAUGUAUUGGUACAAGUCAAAGAGGUGCUGAAGUUGACCAAUAUUAUGUUGAUUUGCAUGUGAUGCAAAUUGCUUUGGUACUUAGUAAGAUCAUUAGUUCAUUUAAACUAAUGUACUAUUGAAUGUCUUAAAACUCUUUUAAAAUCAAUACGAAUGUAAAAUCUACAUAAAAUCUAUUUUGUCUUUGGUGUUGGCAAAAAUCGACAUAACACAAUAUGUGAUCUCAUACUUAUUAUAUGAUGCCAUAUACAGGUAAUAGGUACUUUAUUAUAUACUGUGAUCUGAAAGCAAGUUGCUUUAUUUCAUUGCUUCAUUAUGUAGGUAAUUUAUUAUUUGAUAAUCAAUUUUAGUGAAUGAUUUUAUUGUGAUGUUGGCUGUUAUAACUAUAUUAUUUAAUAAUUAGAAUAUAAGUAAUACAUUAUUCAUAUAUUGUCACAAAAGUGUGCUAUAAAAUGUAUUGUCUUAAUAAAUACAUUAAUUGAACAAGUAUAUAUUGUAUAUUUCGUUUGAGCAAAAUAAAAUGUAAAAAAAUAUAUUGUUGUUGCAUAGCAAA